AUGCUGCAACAUAUUUCUCUUUUCUUCCUUCUCUUUACAUUAUUAAGGGUUUCUUCUCUCUAUGAUGGACCCAUAUAUGACUCAACUGCAUACACUCAGUGCCAAGGGUUUCCUGAGAAGCCACUUUAUGGAGGAGGAAUUUUCAAACAUAAUAACAUCGAUAUGUCUUCUUCACUUGUCAUAUAUAAUCUUACCCACGACACUAUCUAUUCUUUUUCUGCAUGGGUGAGGGUUGAAGGUUCAGAUUCAGUUAUGAUAAGGGCAAGACUGAAAGCAGAACAUGAUACAUACAAUUGUAUUGGGACAGUUUCUGCCAAGAAUGGAUGUUGGUCUUUUCUUAAGGGUGGUUUUGUUCUUAAUUCACCUUCAAAUUCAUCCACCAUAAUAUUCCAGAAUGUGGAUGGCAAAGAUGUUGAUAUCGAUAUAGCAAGUUUAUCACUACAGCCAUUUACUAAACAGGAAUGGAGAUUCAAUCAAGAAUAUAUAAUCAACACUAAAAGAAAGCGCGCGGUCACGAUUCAUGUAUCAGAUACAAAUGGAAAGAAAUUACCAGGAGCUUCUGUGCGUGUAGAGCAAAUAUCAAAAGACUUCCCUAUAGGUUCUGCAAUAGCAAAGACCAUUCUUGGCAACACACCAUAUCAAAACUGGUUUGUAAAACGUUUCAACGCUGCAGUCUUCGAAAACGAACUCAAAUGGUACAGAACUAGAAUCAGCUGUGAAUUCUAG